CUCGUUCAGGACAUCUUCCCUUCGACCGACAUCGUGGUCACUAGGCCUCUGCUGCUUCGACUGCACUGAUUAUACCUCUCUGCGCAGUACCUAGCUACGAUGACAGCGGACUCGGAUUCGCGCUUGUGCUGCUGCUGUAUCCCAGUGCGAGUCGGCAUUAUCCUGCUCGCUCCGAUUACUUUUCUGCUCUCUUCGGCCUUGGCAGGGGCUAUCAUCUUCCACCUAUGGUCAAGCGGCAGCAAGCUACCCGUCUCCACGCAAGCCAUUGGUGGUCUCUACACUGCCUUGAUGAUCAUACUUGCCAUUGCUAGCUUCCUCGGGCUGAUCGGCUCGGCUCGCAAAGUCUCCACCCUCGUCCGUGUUUACUUCUUUGCUCUCCUGGCUGCCUGGGUCUUGGGCAUCGGACUGGGCACUGCCUACACGACUGACACAUUCAUUCACAGGGACGAGAUCAUUCAGAUUUGCCAGGCCAGACAGGAAAGGCUCUGGAAAGGCAAUGAAGCGCUUAUCAAGCUGGGUCAAGACGCCUGCAGAUUUAAAUUCAAGCUUUGGGCGGCCAUCUUCAUCUGCCUCUGGGUCAUCUUCCAUGCGGUUUUCCUAUACUUUGUUGUCAUCGCCUCUCGAGCGUCUCGGAUCCUUAGAGAUGACGGCGUGACGGUACGAAACACCUACUCGUACCCUGGGGGCCCGCCUUCGUAUGGUCGAACGGCGAGCGACAUCAGCAAUAGUAGUACCCUGCCGGUAAUUGUCACUCCUCCUCGCACCAGCAAAGGCAAGAAGCGCACGGGCAGUGGCGGAACGUCGUGCAGCAGCAGCAGCAGCACUGGCACUCAUGACGGAGAGAAGACUCCGCAAGCUCUCAAUGUGUCGAACGGGCAAGGUACGUCCCGAGAUCGGGGAAAAGCUAGCCCUCCAGGUGGACAUGGUCCUUCGACUCCCUGGCAGGCUCGCUUCUCCGGGCGCGAGAUGAAGACUCCAAUCGCUGUUGGCACCGAGGGCAGCGCAUGGGGCGCGGGCGGACCUGCUUCUGGUAGCGCUACGCCCGGUGGAGGAGGAGGAGCCACCCGCGCUCACGCUCUCUCGCACUCUAGCACCUGGAGUGGAUACGUCACUGCACCUGAUAUGGGCACACCUCACCGAGCCAAGGGUGAGAGUGAAAAGGGCGACGAGAUGGAUGCUGCAAAGAGUGUCAGCUCGCCCGUGGCGUCCAACAAAUGGGAGUAA